AUGACAGAGGGAAGACGUUUAUCAAAUCGUUCUAGCAUUCGCAACACCACGCAUAUAUUCAACGAUACUUCAAGUAAGACGAAGGGUACUAAAUUCAAAUUUAAGAAUGGUUCUGGAACUCGGCAGUCUCCAAACAAACAGCACAUAUCGUCGUCUCCUCCAAUAUUAGAAGUUCAAAACAUCGCCGAUGUAGACACAUCAAAUACUUUUGGGCAAUUCAAUCGAAUUUCACAGCCACCAAGUAAGAACUUGAACUACGAUACUCCAAAGAUCAAUGUAAAACUAGAGUAUCAUACAAUGCAAAGUUCUAAGAUCAUUUACAAGAUAGAUGUUCCAAUAUCAAGUAAAUCAGACAUGGAAAUUUCUCCCGUGAUAACAAAGUUGAUCAACGAAACCCAUGAAUCAGCUGAAGCAUUCAAACUUUGUAAUGACAAUAGAUUCGGUUAUACCACAUUGGACGCUUUACCAGCUGUUUUGAGCAAAUAUAUCUCCCAGAAUAUGAGUGUUCAAAGGUUACCACAAAGACCUAAAACAAAACAUUUGUACAAUAGAGUUGAUCAAUUGCUGGCUCAAGAAAAUCAAUUCUUUUCGGCAAAUGACAGUAUAGAACUAAGUUUUGAUGGAAAAGCUAUGAAUAAAAAUGAUAUCUUCAGAAUUGUAGAUUCGUUCUCGGUGGCAUUUGACGAUGAUGAAUAUGGUGAAGAUGGUGACGACGAAUACGUGAAACAGCCUAGGAAUAUUCUCACCAGAGAAGUCACCGGUGUCUUCUAA